AUGUCGAAAAACCCAAAAGAAAUAAACGAAAAAUUCAUCAAAAAGGAAUCUCGUACGGAAUUCGACGCUAUCCAUCCGAGGUUCAAGCCUGAGGACGAAGCUGUAGCCUUACAGUACCAACGGGAACAGUACUACCAUUGUCAGCAGUGCAACUUGUUUUUUGCACCAACAGUAACAGGCCUCAAGACCCAUUUUAAGGGCGACAUGGUACGCCACAGACCUUGCGGCUCUUGCUUUUACUGCCAGGGAGAAGUGUUCGAGUACACGAUUAACAACCAACACAGAAUUCAUCAUUCCUGCCAUUAG